AUGUGGGCUCAUUACAUAUCCCCUUUGUCUUUAGAUCUCUCCCCUGCUUCCUCCAGCUCUGGGAAUUUCAGCCACUUCACACCAGAUUCGGCCACAAGCCCCCAGACAGAAUCCUCGUCCCCCCAGCCUGCGUCCAAGCCUCAGAAGAAUGGGAAGGAAAGAGAGGGAGGGAUGAAGAAGGCCAAGAUCCGUACAGCCUUCUCCAAGGAGCAGCUGCAAACCCUGCACCAGCGGUUCCAGAGCCAGAAAUACCUCAGCCCCCAACAGAUCCGGGAACUGGCUGCAGUUCUGGGGCUCACUUACAAGCAGGUUAAGACCUGGUUCCAGAACCGAAGGAUGAAGUUGAAGAGAUGCCAGAAGUACAACCUGUGGUCGGAGCGGGCUCAGUGCCUCACGCAGACUGGGUUCCAGCCCAGCGGGUACCUGGAAGUGCACCCCAAAUUCCACCAGAGCUAUCCGAUCAGCGCAGCUGGAAACAUCCAAGCUGUGGGCAACCCCCGUCAAAACUACUCAGCAGGGCAGAACCCAUAUGCAUUCAUAGCCAAUGAGGAGGGGGGGGUCUUCGGCAAAGGUGGGACCACCUGUAGCGUCCAACAGACAGUGGGAUUCAUUGCCCAGCACAAAGUAGACUUUUAUCAUGGCUUCCCUGGGACCAUGGAAUACACUGGCGCAAAGACAGGAGAUGGUUAUAGCUUCCACCAUGCCUCAGCAACUGUGGCACCUUUUCCGAGCACUGCUGGCCACCAUCUGUACCACCCCUAA